CGAUUAUAGUUACAAUUAGCAUCACAUCGGGCACAACCAGCAAAAUUAUGUGCGCGGUUCCGCGAGCUCGACAGCUCCUGCGGAGACUUACAGCCAGCUCCCUCAAUACGACAACAGGGGCUUCCCUAUAGUAGUAGGUAGUGAAGCAUUAAUAUGAGCCAAGACAACAACGUCGGGCAGUCGCUGAAGAGGCUGGGCGCGGGAGCAGCGGCAGGCGCUGGCGAGCCAUCGCCACAUGCCGCUGACCCUGCCCCAGUGCUCCCCGCCGCAGCAGCACCGGUUGCCACUACCAAGCUGCCAGCCUCGCUACCCGCCGUCGCCAGCCGGGGCCGUCAGAAGCCUCUGCUGCAACUACUGGCGCUGGUGGCGGCGCGCGCGCACGUGCUGGGUCUGCUGCUGCUGUUGGCCUCUGUGUGUGGGCUGCUGGCGCUGCCGCUGUUGGACCGCGCGGUACGGUUCGACGAGAAGGGGCUGCUGGCGGGACUGGCGGCGCCCACCAUUGGGCAGGCCGCUGCGGGCGGCCAGCUCAUGCGCGCCGCCCGCCGCAUCGCGCGCUCCGCCACCGCCACCACCGCCGCCACUACCUCCAAGGGCCGCACAGUCGCCGCCUUCCAGUCACCCGCCGCCCCCGCGGCCCUGGCGGCGGCGCUGGCGGCGGCGGGCCUGACCGAAACACAGCUCACCCGCCCUCUGGUGCGCAUGCCGGGGCUGCUGCUGCCGAACUCCAGCGCUAGCUCCGGCCCUAGCCCUGGCGCUGCCGCUGUGAGGCCGGGCUGGUGCCGCUGCGCCAACCUGCAUGUGCUCGUUCGCGCCCGCCGCGGUGACGGCCUGGAGGCGCUGGCGGUGGUGACGCCGGUGGCCUUCGCGCCGCCCGCCGCCGCGGACGCCGCUCUGGACGGGUGGGCGCAGACGGCCGCCGGCGCGGAGCUGGGGCUGGCGGCGGGCGCGGCGCUGGCGCUACACCUGGCGGCGCCGGCGGAGGCGGCGGGCGGCGGCGGGCGCUGGCUGUCGCGCGACGUGCUGUGGGUGGUGCCGGACCUGAGCUGCGGCGUCAGCGCCUGUCUGGCGGCCUGGGUGGACGGCUACACGGGCGGCGCCGGCGGCGGUCGGGAUGGUGGUGAUGGAGGAGGAGGAGCAGCAGCAGGGGGAGGAGGAUGGGGGCAGGGGCACAGCCGCAGUGGAAGUGGUGCAGCAGCAGCCGUGGCGCAGCAGCAGCAGGGGCAGGGCGGGGAGGAGGGGCCGCAGGCGGGGGCUUGGGACACGGAGGUGCGGCUGCGCGGCGGCGUCAUUCAGCAGGCGGUGGUGCUGGAGGCGCUGAUCGGCGCGGGCCCACACGACGGCGGCGGCGGCGGCGGCGGCCAGGCAGUGCAGCUGUUGGCGAUGGGUUCGGGCGGGCUGUUGCCCAAACUGGACAUGUAUUGGCUAUUGCGGUACAUGUUCGGUUGGCCGACCACCCCCGCGCUGUGGCGCGAUGACGGCCGGCUGGAUGGGUCGCAGGCGUGGGUGGCGGCAGCACUGCAGCGGCUGACCGGCGGCUCGGCCGGGGCCGCCGCCGGCCUGGCGUCUCGCCUGCUGCGGGCGCUGCACUUCGCCUGGCAGCAGGCGGUGGGGCGGCCGGCGGGCGCACACGCGGCCUUCAAGGGGGCGGGCGUGGACGCGGCGGGGGUGCGGCUGGUGCCGGGCCGCCUGGACCGAUGGGCCGGGACCGCCAGGCCAAUACGGGCAACCGACCCUGACGCGCCUGCGUUCUCCUCCUUCUCCGCCUCCUCCUCCUCCUCCGCCUCCUCCCCCUCCGCUGUGUCGGCUCUGGAGGAGCGCGCCCUGUCUCUGGCCUCGGGUCUGGAGCUCACCCUGCGCAGCCUGAACCACCUGGUGGAGCGGGUGCACCACUCCUCCUUCCUGUACCUGCUGGCCGGGCUGGACAGGUACGUGUCUGUGGAGCGCUAUGUGGGCCCCGCAGCCGCGCUGGCGUUGGUGGUGCAGCUGCAGGCGGCCUGGUCCAUGUGGGUGCUGCGCCUGGCGGCCGCGGCCCCCGGCGGCGCAGCCGUCGGGCCCAGCGGCGCAGCAGGCGGGCCCAGCGGCGGCGCCGGGCCCGCGGUGUGGGCCGAGGCCGCGGCCCGCGCCGCCGCACGCACGGCCGCUUGCGCCGCCGCAGCCAUGGCCUUGCGCGUGCUGGCGUGCGGCGACGGCCCCUGGGCCGCCCGGCUGCUGGUGCAGCUGGCGCCUCCAGCCGCUGUGGGGGCACUGCGGGCCGCCCUGGCUGCGCCCCUGUCCAGCCCCACAGGCGCUGCCGCAGCCGCCGCCGUGAUGCUGCUGACAGCGGCGGCCGCCUCCGGCGCGGCGGCGCUGGCGGGCCGCCUGGUGGCGACAGCGGUGCCUCGCCGGCGCACGUCCAGCAGCAGCGGCGCGCACUCGGCUGCGGCUGCGGCUGGGGCUGCAGGUGCGGCUGCCGCCAGGGCGGCUGCCUGUGGCGUGACGGCCACAGACGCGAGUGGCAGUGGCGACGGGAGCCUGCCCCAGUCCUGGGGUGCGGAUGCGGGCGCCGGCAGCGCCGCUACCGCGCUCAGCCUGCGCUGGCACGCUGAGAGAGUGCUGGUGCUGACGGCGACGGCGGCGGCGCUGGCGGCGCUGGUGUGCCUCAACUGGGCGGCGGCGGCGGUGGCGGGCUUCUACCUGGCCAAGAUGGCGGUGGCCCAGGGGCUGGCGGCGGCGGCGGUGGGCGGUGGCUGCGGCGGCACCCGGCUGCGGGUGCCAGGGCAGCCGAAGAAGCAGGGGCAGGGGCAGGGGCAGGGGCUGGGGGCGGCGGUGGCCGAGCGGGAGCUGGCAGCCGCCGGCAGACCGCCGCAGCAGCGGUCCGCGCUGGGGCGGUGUGUGGCUGCGGCGGCGUGGGCACUGGGCGCUGGCCUGUGGCUGCUGGCGUCGCCGCUGACGGCCCUGGUGGUGGUGGUGCUGCUGACGGAGGCGGUGGGGCUGGGCGGGGGGCUGCGCAGCGGCGGCGGACUGGCGGCGGCGGCGGACAGCGCACUGGGCUGGGGCGUGGGCCCGGGCGUGUGUGUGGGCCUGAGCGCCGCCAACUACUGGUUCGCUGCGGUGGUGGCGGCGCCCUUCUGGCUGUUUGGGCUUGAGGGCUGGCUGGCGCAGGCACAGCUGCGGCUGUAGCGCCCCUGCAUGCAGUGGCGGCGCCGGGGUUGAUGCCGGCAUGAACGCGAGAUCCGGCCGCUUCUUGUCUGGAGUGGAGUAACGUGGGGGCAAGGCACGGGCGCAAGGCCUCCGAGCAGCAGGGCCGCCCUGCAGCGGCUGUUGGUCUGUCAGGCCCAUCCGCACUGUGUGUGUACAGUAUGUGGGGUUUGUGUGUGUGCUGCAGCAGGAGUCGCACUCGGCAUAUCAAUUCCUCUCCAGCGCGGCGUAAAGCAUGUGAUUGCGGGCUUACAGGGCGGACAGUCAAAAGCGUGCAAGCACGCCAGGGACCAUCUGAUGCUGCCAGCAGGGGACCAACUCUACGCCACCCACCCCCCGGGUUGGCCCCCCGCGCGGUCAAAUCCGUGCGUGUGACUCCGCGUACAGUGAGUCCUAGCCAAGCCGUCCAUUGCAUGCUGGGGUGGGACCGUGGGAGUCCCCUGGUGGGAAUUACUAUUGCACGGUGACGGGGGUGACGUGAAUCGAUAAGUGUGUUGACGACGUCGCAGGCCGCCCCCCCCCCCCCCGCGCCCCAUGCGGAUAAGGGGUGUGGCUGAUGAACGGUGCCGCUGGUGUCUGGUGAUGAGGUGGCGGGAGAAGCUGAGCCUGUGAAUGUGCUCGCUUGUGUUCACAUCAAAAUGGAACUGGGACUUGGGACUGGGGGCUUUCCAUGUCGCCUCGGGACCUGUCGGGACUCGGCGUGUCGGCCGUUCGCAUAUCCUACGCGUGCAGACGCGUGUGACGCGUCAGUCCAGGACACGCGACACACAGCGACACAAAACCUCCCUGAGGCCCCUCCCGUUCCGGUCCGUUUUAGAAUGUACGCAAGGACCGAUGAAGAACGCUUUAUCUA